CAGCAUAUUUUCGACAGCACAAAUUAUCUAACCUUUAAUAAGAACAUCGCGCUUAAUUUUCUCAUGGAAAACUAUCUUUGAAUUGUAUAAAUCUAAAAACAUAGUGCGCAAGAUCGGGAGAUUUGGGACAUAUAUGUUCAAUUCCAUCAUUAGCUAAAGAAUGGACCUUCUUGGGUCUAUAUCAAGUGCUCUGGAAGUGGUACUCACAACCCCUCUAACCCGGUUACUACAAGCUGCAUUGGCCUUGUAUGCGACCCUGAAUUUGAACUCAUCGGAUUUCCCGCCGGAUUACUCUUCUAAAGUUUCAGAUGGAGUGCAUGCCGACUUCAUUAUAGUAGGCGCUGGUUCGGCGGGCUGCGUGCUUGCCAACAGACUGACUGAGAUCAGCAACUGGACCGUUAUGCUAGUGGAGGCAGGAGACUAUCCCUCCAUUGAAUCUUUGGUGCCGGGUUUGUUAACUUUCGUGGACUACUCUUAUGAAGACUGGAACUACUAUACCGUUGACGAUGGGUACACGAGUCAAGCGCACAAAUCCAAAAACAUACACCUUACUAGAGGUAAAAUGCUAGGAGGCUCCAGCGGCGCUAACUACAUGUUUUACGUUAGAGGAAAUAAGAGGGACUACGACGAAUGGGAAGAAAACGGACUGGAGGGAUGGUCUUGGGACUCGGUGCUGCCUUACUUUAUAAAGAGUGAACGCCUGCGUUCAGAAGAAAUAUUGGAAAGUCCUUCAGCUGAUCUUCACGGUACAGAUGGAUAUCUAGGCGUUACUCGGCCACUCUGGCAAGGAAAAGUAGAAAACGACUUAGAAGCGUUCAAGGAAAAUGGACAUCAAAUUUUAGUAGAUACGAAUGGAUACGAACAGUUAGGAUACUCCUUACCUACAUUUACCAUAGACAAUAAGACUCGACAGAGCACGUCAGUUGCAUUCCUCAGACCUAUAAAAGACCGUCAAAAUCUACGAGUGUUGGCAAACACUUAUUGCAGAAAGAUCCUAUUUGACGAAAACAUGCGAGCAAUUGGUGUAGAGGUAAAGCUUCCAAAUGGAAAAAUUAUAAAUCUGAUGGCCAAUAAAGAAGUAAUACUUUCGGGGGGAGCUAUCAACAACCCACAAAUAUUAAUGUUAUCUGGUGUUGGACCUAAGGAACAUUUAGAAGAAAUGGGCAUACAAGUUUUACUCAAUUCACCGAAUGUGGGUGAAAAUCUUCAGGACCACCCUACAGUUCCAAUAGUUAUUAAUAAAGGAAAAAAUGCUUUAUCGUUGCUCGGUAAUAUUGAUUUAAUAACUAAUUUAGAUAAAUUUCCGAAUCCUACGUUAAUGGGACACGUGGCGUUAAAUAAAUCACAAACUUAUCCAGAUUAUCAAGCUUUAGCGUUCCCGAUCGAUGUCGGUUCUUUCAUACCUACGAUCAUUUGCAGCUAUGUGUUUAGAUAUGAGAAUGCUAUCUGUGAUCAAAUUGUCCAGACUGGGGAGACAAAUCAAUUACUGCUUACAACUCUAACUCUACUUCAUCCAAAAUCCAGAGGAAGGGUUUAUUUAAAAAACAAUGACCCGGAGGAGAAAGCAAUCAUAUACGAUGGUUAUUACAGCUACAUUUUGAACAUGGUCACUACUUUGUGGCAUCCUGUAGGGACGUGUGCCAUGGGGCCUGAGGGAGAAGGUGUAGUAGAUGCUUCGUUCCUAGUUUACGGUACCAAAGGCCUCCGAGUGAUAGACGGGAGUGCGAUGCCGAAGAUAGUUAGUGGAAACACAAACGCGCCAAUCAUCAUGAUGGCUGAGAAAGGUGCUGAUGACAUCAAAAAGGAUUAUGGAAUAAAUACAUAAGAAUGCGUUUAUUUUUACUGAGUUUGGUUUAAAUUAUAUUGUCAAAUAAAAUUAUAAGUUAUAAAAAAUUGCUUAGCAAGUAAGUUUUAUUUUGGUUAGAAAAACGAACCGUAUUAACUUUCUGAUAUAUUUUUACACCUCUAAUAGUCGCAGAUGUUACUCUUUUACUGGAUUAUUAUAAUGAAAAUGUAUUGUUUGCUUAUAAAAAUAUUAUAUACAUAUUAAUAUGUAUUUAAACCGAAAAUACAUCACAGUUUUAGGCUCCAGCUAGCCUAUUCAUUUAACUAAAUAAAAUGUUUAUGCUGUA